UUUUAUUGCUGUUGGGUUUAGCUAACAUUUUAUUGCAAAAUUCGAUUAUUGUUUAUUAAUGCUAUUCUAUAAACUGCCACAGUAUGUCCAAAUUUAUACACUCAUCUAAAAACCGUGUUGAUUUUGUUGAUCAGCGCCCAUAUGCCGCGGAAGUCUCUCAAAACAACACGUCGAUCAUGUCGUCUGCUGAGCACAACUCGUGCUCACCUGAUCAUAAAUUUGUUGAAGUUUGCAGAUUAAUGAUGCCUGAUGAUGCCAACAAUUCUGGUAACGUACACGGAGGUGUUAUACUUAAGAUGAUUGAAGAAGCUGGUGCCAUAAUAACAACAAGACAUUGCAAUAAAAAUAGGGACCAAUCAAUAGAUCCGUGUAUGACAGCCCUUGCCAGGGUGGAAAGAACUGAUUUUCUAAAGCCGAUGUUUAUUGGUGAGGUUGCACAACUCCAUGCUGAGAUUUCCUAUACAUCUGAACAUUCGCUGGAGGUGCAAGUCAUUGUAUGGGCUGAAAAUAUUCUGGAUGGUUCCAAGAGGUUGACAAACCGUGCUACCCUAUGGUAUGUGCCACUCUCUAUGGUAACAACUCCAACACCUAAUAAAGUAGUGCCAACAGUACCAAAAAUGAUAUAUACUAACCCAGAGGCUGAAGAACAGGGUAGAAAACGAUAUGAAAAUCAGAAAGAUGAACGGGACCGAUUUGGCAGAGUCACUAGAACUAUAAGUUAUGAUAUAGGUGAAGUAGAUAUGCUGAGAACCUCAGGUGUGAUGCCCUAUUCUGUUCCAUUCUCACAGUCCAAUCUUGUACAUUUAGUUGGCCCAUCGGAUUGUGCAGUACACGGAUACUGUAAAGGUGGUGUGACUAUGAAGCUAAUGGAUGAAUGCGCUGGUAUUGUUGCAUGUAGACAUUGCAGAACUCAAGUUGUAACUGCUUCACUUGAUGUGACAAACUUUCAUAAACCUGUCAAGAAAGGUAGCGUACUGUCUCUGACUGGUAUACCAACAUUCACAAGCAAUAAAUCUAUGGAGAUCGAAGUAUUGGUAGAUGUGGAAUACAUCUUUGGUGGUGAAACACACAAAGACCGAGCUGUCAAUGCAUUCUUUACAUUUGUGUCUUUGGGACCUGGCAGAAAAACACAACAAAUACCUGCAUUAAAGGUACAUACUCAAGGUGAGAAACUACGUUUUCAAGAAGGAAAGAAACGUUAUGAGGCAAGAAAAGCAAUUAGAAUGAAAGCAAGACAUCAAGCGUCUGAGCGACCAGUGAUACAGCAGACAAUGUAG